ACUGCUGACUAUCAUUUUAAAGUUAUUUUUUGGUAAUGUUUCUCAUACAGACAGUUAUACUAAGCAUAUGUUUUGUUUUAUUACGUCAAUAGUCCAAAUUUGUAGGCUGAACUACAAUUUAAUUUAUUCAUAUAAAGAAUGGUAUAUAUACUAUAUACAAGUCUACCUUGGCCUAUCUGAUACUUGUAUUAUUUGAUCAAAAAGAAAAAGUAGAGAGAGAAAAGGAGAGAGAGAGAGAGAGAGAGAAAUGGGAACAUAUAUUGUUGAAACACAAGUAGUUCCGGAAGAGAACACAAUUGUUAACCAAGAAUCUAAUCAUGAGAGAAAGGAGGAGCUUGAUGCUGGUGCACUUUUUGUUCUCCAAUCUAAAGGGUCAUGGGUGCACUGUGGGUACCAUCUAACAACAUCGAUAGUAGCACCGGCACUACUGAGUUUACCGUAUGCUUUUAAAUUUCUUGGAUGGGCUGGAGGAAUUAUAUGCCUCAUUUUAGGAGCAAUGGUCACAUUUUACUCCUAUAAUUUGCUAUCGUUGGUACUUGAACACCAUGCUCAAUUAGGUCGCCGCCAUCUUCGGUUCCGAGACAUGGCACAUGAUAUAUUAGGUCCAAGAUGGGGGCGAUAUAUUGUGGGUCCAGUUCAAUUUGCAGUGUGCUAUGGUGCAGUUGUUGGAGCUUGUCUUAUAGGUGGUCAGUGUAUAAAGGCUAUCUACUUGUUGUUCAAUCCGAAUGGUACAAUGAAGCUCUAUGAAUUCAUAAUAAUAUUCGGAGGACUAAUGCUAAUCCUAGCUCAGAUGCCCUCAUUUCACUCUCUACGCCAUAUUAACUUGAUUUCUCUACUCCUAUGCCUUGGCUAUAGUGCCGCUGCUACUGUUGGCUCCGUCUAUAUUGGACAUAAAUCAAAAGGACCAGAGAAAGACUACUCACUAGUUGGCAACUCUGAGGAUCGGUUAUUUGGUGUAUUUAAUGCAAUUGCGAUUAUUGCAACAACUUUUGGGAAUGGAAUUAUUCCUGAAAUUCAGGCAACGCUAGCACCACCAGUAAAAGGGAAGAUGUUCAAGGGACUAUCCGUGUGUUACAGUGUAGUUUCAAUGACAUUCUUUAGUGUCGCGGUGUCAGGUUACUGGGCAUUUGGGAACCAAGCUGAAGGCCAGAUAUUAAGCAACUUUGUUGUGAAUGGAAAUCCUUUUCUACCUAAAUGGUUCAUUUUUAUGACCAAUGCCUUUGUCAUCCUUCAAAUUUCUGCUGUUGGUGUGAUAUACCUGCAACCUACAAAUGAAGUAUUAGAGGGAGUAUUGGCAGAUCCGAAAAGUGGUCAAUUCUCUCUAAGAAAUGUGAUCCCAAGGGUGAUAUCGCGGUCUCUCUCAGUCGCCAUAGCAACAAUAAUAUCAGCAAUGCUCCCAUUUUUUGGAGACAUAAAUGGAGUUAUUGGAGCAUUUGGCUUCCUUCCUCUAGACUUUGUUCUACCUGUCAUUUUAUUCAACCUUACAUUCAAGCCUUCCAAACGUACUUUCAUAUUUUGGUUGAAUCUAAGCAUUGCUGUUGUUUUCUCCAUAUUAGGGGUCAUUGGAUCAGUUGCUGCCGUAAGGCAAAUCAUUCUUGAUGCCAAAUCUUAUAAAUUGUUUGCCAAUGUAUGAAAUUUUCACUGCAUUGGUGAGGCUGGAGUUCAUAUUUUGGGCUUUUUUGGACUUGAAA